AUGGCUGAACAAACUGAAGUAUCUCAGAUUACUAAUAAGCUUGGGAAAGUCGACCUUACUGGCAACUCUCAGCUUUUCAUUGGAAAUUUGAAACCAGGAACUACCCAGCAGGAUGUAUACAACUUCUUUAGCAGUCACGAUUUAUCUGUCAUAUUUGCCAAUGUAAAUAUCUCUUCCAAAGAUGUUUCCAACGUGUUUGGUAAUAUCAAGUUUGGAACUGAGAUUGAUGCCAAAAAAGCAUUUGACACUCUCAAUGGGGUCGAGUUGAAGGGACAAAAAAUCAACUUGAGCUGGUGGAACCCAGGCACUAGCCAGAAUCAGAAAGAAGAAGCAAAUGUUUAUGUAAAAGAUCUUGAUCAAUCUAUCACACAACAGGAGCUCGUCGAGAAGUUUAAUGAAUUUGGGGAAAUUCUCUCAGUAAAACUUGAAACAUUCCCAGAUGGAACUUCAAAAUGUUUCGGAUAUGUUCAAUACAGAACUUCUGAAGAAGCUAAAAAUGCAAUUGAAAACAUGGAUCAGAUUGAUUGGAAGGGCAAGACCAUCACUGUGUGCAUCUUUAAAAGAAAAGAGAAUAGAGAGGAGAAGAAGGUAGCUAAGAAUAAUCUUUAUGUAAGAAACUUCCCAAAAGAUUACACUGAAGAGGACUUGACUAAACUCUUCUCUGAGCAUGGAGAAAUUACUUCAAUUGCUAUCAAGCCUUACCAAGACAGGAAGCAAGCAUUUAUCUGUUUUAGUACUGGAGAACAAGCUCAAGCAGCUCUAUCAGCUCUUCAUGGAAAACAACUUGAUGGAUGUGACGAGCCAUUGUAUGUCAACGAAUUCAUGUCCAAGAGCGAAAGAGUUGAGAUGAACAAGAAAGUAUACAAGAAGAUUAAGGAGCAACAUUUGUAUAAAUCUUUAUCGCAAAAUUUGUGUGUUUACGGAAUUCCAACUGAUAAAACCGAGAAAGACAUCAAAGAGGAGUUUGAAAGAUUUGGACCAGUCACCUCUAUCAAAAUGCAAAUGGGAAAAUCUCCCGAAGAUCCAACCAAGCAAAUAUUCCUUGGCGGAGCUUUUGUAUUCUUUGAAAAUCCAGAUCAUGCUAAGGAUGCUGUCUACAGAGGAAAUAUCGAGCAAAUGUUUGGAACAAAUAUCACUGUAGAUUACUAUAAGCCAAAGGAAGUUAGCGAAAAAGAAAAGAAAGAAGAAGUUGGAGUACAGAUGAGAAAAAUGAUCCAUACCUUUAUGAUGAGCGCAAUGUCACAAGCCAGAGGAGGCUACGGAGGUAGAGGAAGAAGCUACAGAGGAGGAAGAGGACCAUCUAACAGAGGCUCAUACUCUGGAUAUAGUGCGCAUAAUCCAGGAUAUAAAGCUCAUUCAGGAUACCCUUCAGCCCCUCCAACUCAAAGCGUAGGAGGUUACAACCCUGCUGCUUAUCCAAACCCACCUCUUCCAGGAAGUGGAAUGCCAGGCGCAAAUGUUCCCCCAGUUCUCCCAACUACUACAACCCCUCCAAUUGCUACUGCUACUGGAUCGAUCGGAGGAAUGCUCCCAAGUAACCCUCCAGUCGCCUCCCAGCCACCAAUCGCUACUCAACCCCCUACUGACUCCAAAUCCGCUUCCCUUAUCAAUCCCCCUAUGGCUGGCCAACCACCUAUUGCUACUACUCCAUCAGCCCCUAUUGUUAGCGAAGCUGACAUGGCAGGCAUGGAUGAAGAAGAGAGAAAGCAAUUUAUCGGAGAAAAGAUUUACCCAAUAAUCGAUAGUCUCUACUCCGAAGAAGCCCCAAGAAUCACUGGUAUGAUCAUUGACAUGGACCCAGUUGAAUUACUUCCAUCCCUCAAGUCCAGAAAUGAGCUUGAGAAGUUGGCUAAGCAAGGAUAUGAUCUCCUCCAGGAAAGCCCAGCUGAAUAAAUGCAAG